AUGGACUUGUGGCGACAAAACUUUAUCAGCAAACACUAUGAUUACGUCUUGAUCAACGAGAGAAUCAAAUCCUUGACCGAAGCUAGAGAAAACAAUGACUCGCAGAAGAUUAUGUCUUUGUUAAGAUCAGGACUUAUUAGAAAUUUUGGGGGUAUUGCUCAGAAACGAUUAUAUUUAAAGUCGUACAUGGGCACCAAGUUUAAAAUUGAGGAAUAUAUAAACGAAAUACUUCAUUGUUUGGAAUUUUUAAAUGAAAGUUUGAGCAACUCUAGUGGGAACGAAUAUGUAAUGAAUAGUAAGCAGUUGAAGUUAGACUUUUUCCACGAUACAAGACAGAGUUUUGGGUCUUCGGCUUUGUUACUACAAGGUGGGUCGUUGUUUGGAUUAUGCCACUUGGGAGUUGUGAAAGCAUUAUAUUUCAAACGACUCUUGCCUAGAGUGAUUGGUGGUAGUGCAGUUGGAGCUGCAGUAGCUUCAUUAGUUUGCACGUCUACGGAUGAUGAAUUGAUUCCCAUUUUAGUGAAUAUUGAGGAAAUGAUGAAGAAUAUCGAUAUUCUCAAUCACGAAAUUGACGAAAGAUUUGGCAAUGUGAUUGAAAAUGUGGUGAGAAAGGGCUACAGUCAGGACAUAUUACUCUUUCUCAAGUUUGUCCGUGAUACCAUUGGUGAUUUGACAUUUGAAGAGGCCUAUAUAAAGACAGGGAAGAUUUUGAAUGUUGUGAUACACCCUACAAGCAGGAGUGUUCCGUCUUUGCUCAACUAUAUCACCGCCCCCAAUGUUAUUAUCUGGACCGCUAUUUAUGCAUCAAUAGGAACUGGGGUUUUGUCUGACGAUAUAGCGCUUUACGUUAAAGAUUAUAACAACGAAAUUGUUUUGCAAACGCCUGAUUUGGAUGUCAAAUUCUUGAAACCACAGGAGGUAACUUAUCACACAUCCUACUUUAAAAACAAUGUAACAACAGACAUUUCACAGCACCAUUCACCAUUCACCAAGUUGACGGAGUUGUUCAAUGUUAACCAUUUUGUCAUCAGCUUGGCGAAACCUUACCUUGCACCUUUAAUCAGCAAUGACUUGAAGCAUUACCAUGCAUCAUAUGGUAAAGUAAGAUAUGACAAGAGAACAAGAACUUACGACGGUAAUGAGAUUAGCAAGAGGGAUAUUGAAAAGUUUGCAAAAGACAGCGGCUUCAAUUUAAAGAAAAAAUUAAAGACCAUCAUUGGCAUGGAAGUUUUACACCGCCUUAUUGUGCUUAAUAAAUUGGGUUUAUUGACUGAAGUCAUGAAGCGUUUGUUUAUCGAUGAAAAACCAACUGCAAUGCAGUACGCCGCGUCAAUUAGAGAAGUUACCAUCGUUCCCGAGAUGAGGUAUUUGGUUAAGGAUCUUGGUAGAGUUUUUGAUAUUCAUCGUACUAAAGAGAAUAUUCCAUAUUGGAUUUUAGUCGGUGAAAGAUCGCUUUUCUCUUCCACUAUUAGAUCAUCGUAUUGUAGUGCUCCUUUGGAAACGACAAUGCUGCCCGUGAUAUCUUUGGCCCUACCUGUUGCCAAGGGCUCUAGAGUGAUGUUCAAGUUAGAUCUAAAAAGCAACUUGGUGACAAAAUCUGUAACUUUGAAAGCUGGGUUGAAUAUGUCAUUGGCAUUGUAA